AUGGCAGAAGAAUUUGAAGAGAAAAGGAAAGCCUGGGAUAUCAUUUUCAAUGAUCCAAAUUUAUCGCUCAACUCACUUCGACAUCGAGCAGUUGCUGGCAGUGUGUGCCAGAAUGGACUUCGCUCUGUUUGCUGGAAGAUCUUUCUCGGUUAUCUUCCUACUUUAGAAGUCUCGACCUGGCCGUCAUUGCAGUUGGAACAACGCCAACAUUAUACAGAUCUAAAGAGAAAGUACAUUGAGGAGCCUGCCGAAAAGAUGAACAGAAAGGGAGAAGAGGAUCUUUCAGAUAACAACCCUCUGGCACUCAGCGACAGCAACCCAUGGCAACAGUAUUUCGCAGACACAGAAAUCCGUAAAGUGAUUCGACAGGAUGUAGAGAGAACAUUCCCUGACGUAGAUUUCUUUCGAGAAAAUGAUGUGCAACAACGUUUAACCGACAUUCUGUUUAUUUACUGCAAGCUGAAUCGUGAGGUCUCUUAUCGCCAAGGCAUGCAUGAAUUAUUGGCUCCAUUUUAUUGGGUUCUUGCUACCGAGAGCUUGGAUGUCAGUCAAAUAGAUCAACACCAUGUCGACCCUGCAUCCAAAUUGAUGCUUCAGGUUUUGGACUCAGCGUUUGUUGAGCAUGAUGCCUACAUUCUGUUUGACAAACUAAUGACUUUUGGAAAGUCAUGGUACGAGUUUAAUGAGGAGGCGCCAACUCGCAAGUCAACAAGCAGCAGUACAAAGCCUGACAUGCUGUCGAAUAAUAUACCCAAGCCUACUGAUAGCGCUCGAUUAAACCCUGUUGUCAUGACUUGUCAUCGCAUUCACCAUGACUACCUUCGCACUGUGGAUCCACUCUUGUAUCGACAUUUAGAGAAUUUCGGCAUUGAACCUCAAUUAUAUGGCAUUCGUUGGAUUCGACUACUGUUUGGACGAGAAUUCGAUAUCUACGAACUGCUGAAGCUGUGGGACGCUAUUUUUGCUCAGGACCCAACCCUCAACAUUGCGGAAUACGUGUGUCUAGUCAUUCUUUUACGCAUGAGAGAUCAAUGCAAGUAUUGA